CUUGUUGUUGACAUUGGUAUUGCGAGGCUUCUAUCCUCAACCAAUUAACCUGAAUCUGAAUAUUUGGAAAUAGUCAUUUUGUUUCUAGGAAAAUUCACCAUAUAUAUGCGAUUGUACAGCCUGAAAAUGAUAUCGUCGAAAGGAGUAUCUCUUCCUUUUAUGGGACUCAAUGGGAAAUUUAACUUCCUUGUGAGAAUUGUAUGUUGAAAGCCAUGGCGCGCCUCCUUUAUUCGUACGUCAUACCUGUCCUGCGAAGUUUAAAAUAUUGCUGAACGAUACUCAACGAAUUCGGUGAAGUUAGAAUUCAAUCAGCAGAUAGUGCCAACAGAUAAAUGACUGAACGUACCAACCACAUAGAAAAAGCCAUUUUGCAACAUUAUGUAUGAAAGCUUUUACGAAAAUAUUGAGUCAACUUCUUCAGCUUGUCGCCUUUGUUUGAAAUCCCAGCUUAUCUGUGCUCUUUUGUGUUGCUGCUAGUUAUAAUGGAUUUUUCAAAAAUACCUAAAGAACUCGCAUAUUUAAAUGUGUUCUUGAGAUGCGCUACAGAUCAUUAUACAAAAGACCCCACUAUCACUUACUACUGUCUGCUUCAAGCAUUUCAGAAAGGUUUAAGUACAAACCAAAAAUCGCCUUCUAUCAAAGUAUUUCUAUCAUCUCUUAUGGACAAAUUAGAAGAAUUAAAACGAAAUAACUCAGAUCGUGAAGAAGUUAUGAAUGAAACAAUAGGAAUACCAUAUGUUGAACAGUAUGCCCUCAGAUUGUUUAAAGCCGCUUAUGAAAAAGACAUGAAUGGGGAUUUCGGACCUUCUACUGUGAAAUUAUUUCUUACAGCAGCGACACUGUUAGAUGUUGUUUCAGGAGUUGGAGAAGUUGGUGAUGAUAUUGAAAAGGCUAGAAAGUAUGCUAAAUGGAAGGCUGUGUACAUAAGUAAAUGCUUAAAAUCUGGAGAAGUUCCAGUUAGUGGUCCUAUUCCCGAUACUAAUGCAGCUUGCACUCCCAUCGUUAACUUACACACUGACACACAAGGAACGUACAUUUCAACCCCGAAAAUCCAUUUCUCUACCUCCGUCCUCGACAUGAUCACCCAUCCAUCUGUAGUCUGUAAUCAAUAUGAAUGGAACUUGAUAUGAACGUGACUCAUGAGAAUUUAAUACUAUCAUUCAUAAUCACUUACUUUGUACUAUUGGUGUUCAAUUUAGUAUCACAAUUUUGCAUAUCACCGCUUACAUAUAUUUUGAACUAUAAUAUAUUGACAAUCUAAUUGCAAAUAAAUUUUGUUCGAAGCGUCAUCCAGUAAAUAGUACUGUUUCACUGUGUGAUAUAUCUAAUAAGCAAAUUAAUAUGGGAUUACUUACUACCACAGUGCCCAAGUUUUACAUUUAUAUUAAUUGUAGAUAAUUAUAGGAAUUCUGAUCUAAAUGAUCCGAUGUUACUCCUUUUAAAAACUACUGUUGUCAAUAACAAUCAUUGUCAUUAUAAUGGAUAUAUAUAGCUGUAGAACCUGAUGAGGAAGUUAUCGAAAAGAAUAUUCUUUCUUCAAUAAUGAAUCUGUUGAAACUGCAUAUAUGUCUUAAGUGACUCGACUAGAGAAGUUUGGCGAUCUCAUCGAUCAGCUUAUUGUUAUCACCGUACAACCUACGCUUAGUCUCAUUACUACUGUUUUUCCACAACAUAAACGUUUAAGAUAAGUCACUUAUAAUAAGAUGUAUUUCAUUUAUUUAGUUGUUUAAAUCGAAAAAAACAUUUAAAAAGUGGAGUAUAUUAUCAAAGUUUUGGGAAAAAUUAAGGGUUCACUUUUAGGACUCACAAGAAACCUAAUAAGGGAGUGUCUUUUAUUUUGGCUAUGGACUAAACAUUCAGCAAUAACCUAAAUCAAAGGUUGUGUCAAUGCCUUUUUGAUAUACUAAUAACUAGUCAAAACAUAAUUUUUUGCACGAACCUGCAAGUUACUGCUCGUACAAAACUAACAUAUAAGUAUCCGUAGUUCCUAGUCAUUCUCCUUUUUCCUGUAGGAAUAUGUCGUACUUUCCUGGUAUAUUUUGUCUUUUCAUUAUUGGAAUGGUAUCCGAGUUGUCAGUCAUAUGCUUGUCGUGUAUUAAAGUAAUACGGGUCAAUGAAGAUAUUCUUCGUAAUUUGCGGCCAGUUAGAAUGAAUAUGGUUUCUUCAUUCAUAUUAAUUAGGACUUAUACAUAAGGAAAAAGUGGAAUUGGUUUGAAACACUGCUAGGGUUAAAUGUAACAACUUGUUUGCUGAGGUUUGGAACAUCACUGUAUGUACAGCUAAAAUCACCUCAGGUCAAAUUAUUAUAACUGUAACCAUGUACCUAAAAAGUGUGAAGCUUUGUGAGUAAUAAAGACAUGGUCAAAUACAUUCGCUUCUUGCAUUUU